AUGCAGUCAUUGGCUAAAACUGUUUUGUCUGGUCUUAGGGACACUUAUAUCGCUGUCUUCACAGCAACUGAUGCUGUUGCCACUGACAAGGCACGAACGAAGCCGAACGAACCAGAAAUUGACAUGCCCGUAAACUUGCCCCCAUAUAACAGGACGGAAUAUCCGGAUGUCAGGCCUGAUGCGUCUAAACUUGGCUCCUGCAUGCUAUAUUCUGAAGGAAUAAACAUUGUCGGGCGGAAUGCUAAAAAGGAAUUUGUCUCAAUACCUGUGCGGUCGCUGACAAAUCAUCUUGGAGUUAUUCUGCUGGAGAUGUCAGCUGUGUCAGUUCCACAGCUGGACCCUAUGAGUUCACUCAGUGGAAGCCCCAUAGAGUUUAAACUUGUAUUCAAUGGAACCAGUGGCGGGUUUUGGAUGUUAACUGAUGUUGUCGCAAAUAACGUGGCUGUUCAAGGCAAUGGCAAAGGCUUCAUUCCAGGGUCUGCAAAGGCCGACACUAAAGUGAUUUUCCGGCCAUCGGUGAAUAAUGUUGAUGAUGAUCCCAAACAUAAGCAGAUCGUGAUCAAUGUCAGGGAAUGAUGAAUGGUACCGAUCACUGUAUAAUCUCUCGCCCACUGGGUAUUUCUUCGAAUGCUAACGCUCGUUUCUUCUCAUAGUGUAGAGUAACGUGUUGCAAUACAUAUGCUGUUCGCUCCUCGAAUGUCAUUGUUUAUAGAAAAUUUCUAUCUGUGAUGUCAGUUUUUUUUUCGUUUUGUUAUUUCCGCUAUUUGACUUAUUAGUUGAAAUCCUAUGUAUAAAAAUCAUUGGUAAUUUUAAGCCAUUCCAGCUACCGAUUAUGGUAACCAUUUCUCGA